AUGCAACGGAUCGCGAGCGGCGUGCUGCGGCAUGCCGCGCAGGCUCUGUCCGCGAGCGGGACGUCUCUGGCCUCCGAGGCCGCGCACAGCACCAGUGUCUACAACUACGCUAGCAUCUUGCGCACGUUCUCGGCCUCGUCCGGCGCCAGGACGGCCCGCUCGUGUCCCGCGCCACCGCGCACGUUCAGCACGUCCGCCGGGCAGGACAUCGGGAAGGGCGCGGGCUACGAAGGCACGAACCAGGGCGAGCAGGAGCCGGAGCGCGACGCGCGGAUCGUCGUGUUCGGCGGGAACGGCUUCGUGGGGUCGGCGGUGUGUCGCGAGGCCCUCGCGCAGGGGCUCGAGGUGACCGCGGUGUGCCGCUCGGGGCAGCCGAAGGAGCGCGGGCCGUGGGUGGAGGCCACGGAGUGGGUCGCGGCGGACGCGCUCAACCCGUCGACGUACAUUGAUGCCGCAGGCCUCGAGACGGCGAUGGGGGCGGUGUCGUGCGUGGGCGCGUUCGGGAGCAACGAGUUCAUGCUCCGCGUGUGCGGCGACGCGAACGUCGCGGCCAUCGAGGCCUGCAAGGCGGCGGGCGUGCCGCGCUUCGCUCUGGUCUCGGUCCACGACGUGCACCGCGAGGGGGCGUUCAAGCCCGUGCCGCUGCGCGGGUACUUCGAGGGGAAGGCCAAGUCCGAGGACGCGCUCGCGCGGUGCUACGGAAGCGACGGCGUGGCGAUGCGUCCUGGUUUCGUGUACGGCCCGCGCGCGGUGGGCUCGUUCACGCUGCCGCUCCAGAUGGUCGGCGGCCCGAUCGACGGGCUACUGAAGCGCGUGCCGGCGCUCGACGCCGCGGCGCGCGCGGUCGGGAGCGUGCCGCUGGUGGGCGCGGCUGCGGUGCCGCCGGUGGACGUGGCGGUGCUGGCGCGGGCGCUGGUGGCGGCCGCGACGGACCCGUCGGUGCCGGGGGGGGCGAUGGACGUGUGGACGAUCCGGGAGAGGUACGCAAGAUAG